GUGGUCUAGUUGCGAUUACUUCAGCCGCUUUAUUAAAUACAGAAGAAGCUAUUAAACGAAUCUUUGACAUAUUUGAACAACAAAAAAUCAUUCGCGAUGAUGGUAAUUGGGACAUGCUUGUUCAUCCAGAAAUAAUAGAAAAUAUCAUUGCGGCUAAGCAUGUAAAUCUAGAAAAAAGGCUAGGUCUUCAGCAUGAAGUGAAAGAAAAUGCAAAACAAAGAAAAAUAAAAAUAUUGAAUCAUUCGAGCCUUUUUGAUAAAGAUCAACCAAACGAAUCAAAUAGUCUCUAUGAGACUUUUGAGAAGAUAUACUCAAAAAACUUGCACAAAAGACGGUUUUUUGUUUUUAUUGGUGACGAAAAAGAGAUUCCUGUGUUUAAUUCGAAGAAUAUCGCAGCA